AUGCGGACAGGCGGGCGGCGCGGCGCGCUGGCUGGCGGGCGGUGCGGCGUGCUGGCUGGCGGGCGGCGCGGCGCGCUGGCUGGCGGGUGGCGCGGCGCUCUGGCUGGCGGGCGGGCGGCGCGGUGCGCUGGCGUGGCGCGCUGGCAUGCGCGCUGGCGAGCGCGCUUGCGUGAUGCGCUGGCGGGCGCGCUGGCUGACGCGCUGGCGGGCGCGCUGGCGUGCGCACUGGCGGGGCGCGCUGGCGUGCGCGCUGGCGUGCGUGCUGGCGUGAGCGCUGGCGUGCGUGCUGGCGUGACGCGCUGGCGGGCGUGCUGGCAUGCGCGCUGGCGGGGCUCGCUGGCGUGCGCGCUGGCGUGCGCGCUGGCGGGGCGCGCUGGCGGGGCGCGCUGGCGUGCGCGCUGGCGGGCGCUGGCGGGCCAGCUGGCUAGGGCGCUGGCGGGCCUGCUGGCUAAGGCGCUAGCGGGCCUGCUGGCUAGGGCGCUGGCGGGCCUACUGGCUAGCGUGCUUAGGCCAGACGGGGGGGGGGGGGUUUCACGCCAAGGCUAG